CUGCACAAAGACCAGACCAGUGUGCAGUCGCAGUCUCCUCCACGCUGUGAGUGCGCAGCGCCUGCACAGAUCGCUCCAGUUUGGAACUUUUAAGCCCACUUUGCAUGAACCUUCAUACUUUUACUGCUGUUUUCUCGGCCGUGAACGACCCUCGGUGUUCCGCUGUGGCUGUUUUCCAGCAGAUACACCGACCCCGAAAACCGUCGGGACCAGUGAAGAGAGAAGCUGCGGGAGUGGUCUGGAAACUUUUGCCAUCAUGAGCACGCGAACGGUCAACCUUGAUACCUACAGCCUGUCGCUGCUCACGGCCAAAGAGGACAUCCUCAACCCCCGCUCCUCCACCAACUGGGCAAUAUUCGCAUAUGAUGGACUCACCAACAUGCUCAAACUGGCUGACUCAGGAGCGGGCGGUAUGGCAGAGCUGGCAGGGAAGUUUCACAUCUCCAAGCCUCAGUACGGACUGUGCAAAGUGGGAAGUAUGGAGACAGGAGGCCCACGGAUUGCUAUGAUCAGCUGGGUCGGCCAAAAUGUGGAGGAGUACCGAAGGACAGAAUGUGCCAGCCACAUUCCAGCCAUCAAAAACUUCUUCAAGGAAGCACAUGUGUUCAUUGGUGCAGAGAAGGUAGAAGAUGUGACAGAGGAGAGGAUAAGAGCAGAGCUCAGUAAGGUACAGGCCCAAGCUCCUACACAGUGGGUGAGAAGGAGCUCCAGGUCUACGGACAAAGAGGAGUUAGUGGGUACCAACUACAGAAAAACCAACGCUGCAAUGGAGAUGAGACUAAUAAACAGAGACUCCUUCUGGGCACGUGCAGAGCGUGAAGAGGAAGAGAGGAAAGAAGAGGAGAGGAGACGAACAACGGAGGAGAGACGCCGCCUUGAAAAAGAGAGAGUUUUAAAGGAACGGAGGGAUGCAGAAGAGAGAGACAGAAAGAUGAACGAGAAGCUACAGAUGAUUGAGGAGCAGAGAAGAAAACAGGCAGAGCAAGAAGAACAGUUGCGGAGACAGGAGAAAUUUAGAUGGGAGCAGCAGCAGAGAGAGCAUGAGGAACAAAUGAGGGCUCGUCUAAGAAGGAGUGAAUCCAUAGAGAAAGCAGCAGAGGCAGCAGCCUUAGUGUCCCAGCGCUCCAUGAACCCUAGGGAGUUCUUCAGGCAGCUGUCAUCAUCAUCGUCACAAAGUCCCACCAGCCCUGGAUCCUCCCGCACUGGCAAACCAUUGAGACGAUACCAGCGCAGCCUGACAGACACGGCCUUCAUCUUUUCCAAAGCAGAAGAGAACACGGCGACUUCCCCUCGCAGUUCUCCCUUAGUCUCCCCCUUCUUUCGGUCUCCUACCUCCCCUAUCUACCGUGCCACGUCUCCCCCCACGAGCCCUGAUUUCCGCCCUGUCACCUCUCCACAAAGGCCCAAAGCCCCCAUGUCACCGCCCACAUCACCUUUACGCCCUUCCCCUCCGGUCUCAGUCCUGCCCAGCAUUCCACAAACUAACAACCCUGUUCAGGCCGUUGUUGAGCCCAAACCCCCAUCACCCACAGAACCUUCUGCCCCUCCAGCCUCCCCUAGUCUCUUGGCUUCCUUGUCCGCCAAUUUAAUAAAAAACAACCCCUCUCAGUCAUAUCCAGAGGCCCCACCUGCCUCGCCCGCAAAUACCCCAACACAGCCAGAGGACUUAAGUUUCUGCUUUGAGCCUGUUUUAGCCCCACAGGCUCCAACAGCUCCUCUUCCAGAGAGACCACAGCCAAACACAGACCUCAACACAGCCACUCAUGUGCACACUGAGCUGGUCUCAGACAUUGGCCACAAAGUACAGGCUGUACUGGUGGAGGAGGAUGAAGAGGAAGAAGUGGAGGAGCACGAGGAAGAUGUGGCAGAGACGCAACCACAGCUUUGUGCUGUUGCUGCAGAACUAGUUCAGACUGAGGAAGAGGAGCAGGGACGAGAUGAGGAGGAGGUGGAGGAAGUGAAGGAGGAGAAGGAGCAGGACAAGGUGGAAGAGGAGGAGGAAGAGGAGAGGGACGAGAAGAAGGCGAAGGUGGAGCAGGAGAAGGGAAAAGAGGAAGAGGAGGAGGGCAAAAAGGAGGAGAUUGAGGUGCAGGUGAUGGACAAGGAGGAAGAGGAAGAGGAAGAGGAGGACAAGAAAGGGGAGAAUGAAGGGCAAGAGAUGGACAAGGAGGAAGAGAAGGAGGAGGAAGAGGAGGAGGAGGAGAAGGAGGAGGAAUUAAAACAGGACAAUGAGCCAGCAUCACUAGAGGAGCCAGUGGAGGUGGUGGAGGAGGAAGAAGAGGAAAAGGAAGAUGAAGAGGAGAAUGACCAAUCAGAAGACAGUCUGGCCCCUGCUGAGCCUGUUGAAGUGGCAGUCAUAGAUACCGAACCAAUUUGUCAAGAAAUCAAACAUGAGAGUGUCAUCCCGUCAACCAAUGGCAUCACAAAUGGAGAGGACACACAGGAACAGAACGGCAUAGAGCGAUCUUUGAGUCCAUCUGACACAGACGUCAGCUCGCUGGAGAUGACUGGGUGCUACGAUCUUCAUGGCAAGGCAGAAGAGGAUGAAGACAUUGAGGAUGAGGAACAGGAGAUCUCAGAAAAUGGACAAGAGGUUUUAGCCGAACGACAAAUGUGCGUCCGAGCUCUGUAUGACUACCAAGCAGAGGAUGAAUCUGAGAUCUCCUUUGAACCCGGUGACAUCAUCAAGGACGUGGAAACGGUGGACAAAGCCUGGUGGAGGGGGUGGAGCAAAGACGGCCGUCAAGGCUUGUUCCCUGCCAAUUAUGUGGAGACCAUAUAGGAAGGCAGAGACGCACUACCACACAUACACAGAUACACACAUACAGUACACACACACACUCAGGGACACCAUCUCCCCUCACGUUUGUUCAUGUUUUUACCUUAAUCCUCCCACUGAAACUUUGUACUCUCUAUUUUGUAGAAAGCAUAAAGAAAAGCGUGAAAAACUAAAUAUUCUUACAUGUAUGCAGAAAUUACCCAGCCUCGUCUUCUUGGAUAAAAUAGCAGAGACCUUUUUUUUUCUGGACCAAAAUAACUUAUUUCCCUAUGAGAUACAGCAGGAAUGUUGGUGGAAGGGAUCAGAUCAACUGUGACAAAUGAUCACAAACCUGCUUUUCUUGUACGAAACACAAACAGAUUUUUUUUUUAUAGUGUAUAGUCGUCUUUUUGAUCCACACAUAUAACAAGCAUUCCAUUCUGCUCACCGUUUGCUUUGUGUGUUACAUUGCUAAAAAAAAAGAAAAAAAAGAAUUUACUGCUCUUGACUGGUAUAUAUAUAAUCAAGAUAUGUAUGUAUGUAUCAGACAUCAUCUUAUAAUCACCUUCCUGUAUUUCCUGAAUUAUUUAGUAGCACUGUAUUUGUUACUGACUGAGUCUCACAGCACAUUUUAAUUAUCCAAACCAGAACAGCAGCAUAACAAAAAGAGAAACAAGCAGAGGAAAAAAGGCACUGUAUUGACACAUGUAUUUCUCUAUCAUCUCUUUAGGAUGGGCCAUGUCUUGUUCACAUGGUGAUGUCCUUCCAUACAUUUUGUGAUUAUGUCUCAUCUUAAUUUUGAGAAUUUAAAGUCUUAUGUCAACACAGAGAUCACAUGAAAAAAAACAUCUUUCCAAUUUUAAUCUUCUGUAAUAUCUUAAUACUCUACAGUGUAUAUAAGAAUGUAUAAAAAAAAGUCAAAGAUCUUCUCUUUUUCUAUACUUGGCUUGUACGUUUGUAUGUUGUAUGCUUGUUUGGUGGUAUGUAUGUUCUUUGUAUUUACUCCAAACUGACAAAUAUAUAGCAUCUACAAACUCAAA